UAAAGAUUUGUAGUUUUAACCCUUAUUUCUCCGGUCUCAUCCGCGACAGGAAGCUUAGAAUUACAAUCGGCCGCCAAGAUCGACUCUGUUCUGCCGACUCCCACCGUCUCUUUCUCUUCGUCCACUCCGGGGACCAAUUGAAGUAACCAUAGAUGGAACAAGAAUCAGGAGGAUCCAUGGUUCAGGUUGGUUGCAAUGUUGAGUCUAAUCCAGACAGUUUAGAUCGUGUAGGAAAGGUGAGAAAGCUUCUGUUCCGUCGAAUGCUCAUAGGUAUUAAAGAUGGAAGGUUUUUCUUGGGCUCCUUUUACUGCAUGGACAAGCAAGGAAAUAUCAUCCUUCAAGAUGCAGUAGAGUAUCGUAGCACUCGGCGUAGCUCACCCUCUCCGAUGGAACAACGGUGCCUAGGUCUUAUUCUUAUCCCUAACUCUUGCCGUGUAUCUUGUCAUGUAGAUAGUACCAUUGAUGAACAAUUGGCGCUGUUAUCUGUUUAGCUAAUAAGAUCAAGCCUUAGGCUAAGAGGGGAGGGGGGAAAUCUGCACACUUGUUUGAAGAGAAUGUUUAUGACGGUUUCUAUUACUACAGAAAAAUUCUAAAACAACAUGAUGUUUUAGUGGAAA